UCUACAAUGAAUGAAAGCAUUGUGAACCGAGAUUAAGACCCUAUUGAAGUAUGUACAAAGUAACUUCAGUCACACUAACUGACAUAAAUGAUAAGGAAAUAGUAAAGGAUGUUCAAUUAUGGAAUAAACAAUCGAAUAAUGAAGAAUCUAAUGCUACUCAGAACGCGAUACCGAAUAUAAAUAAUUCAUAUAGAAGAUUACCCAUAUACCUUAAUUAUAGACUAAUACCUAUUUAUUUAAUAGCAGGUAAUCCCUUACAUGUAUUUUCCACUUCUGAAACUACUAAAGAAUGGUUUAAACAUAAUCUUUUACAAAAAUCAUUCAAUGUCAAUGAAUAUGUCAGUCUAAUAUUCGAAUCCACUUCAUCAACUUCACCAACAUACUUAAUUUUCUAUUAUAAAAUUAAGACAAAUCAGAUAUAUUCAAUAGUAAUAGAUUUUUCAUAUAUUCAACUGUUACUUGGUACUGUAGAUAAACUUGGAGAUAUAGAGUCUUCAUUAACAAAACCAAGAUCAGAUUCAAAUACCGUUGUAUUCGACAAAGUACUCCAACAAAAGAAAAAGAGAUCAAGUCCAUUUCUAGUAGAUCAAGAACCAUCCCUGUCAAUAGCAUUACAAUUAAAACCAAAACAAGCAUCUUCACCUUCACUACUGAUUCUUACAACACAAGAUCAAGUUAAUCUGGCCAUUAACAAGAUCAUUCUAUCGGGCCUAAGGAUACGGGGAUUUUCUACGAAUUUAAAUGAUAACAUAAAUAACAAAUUAACUAUAAAGGAAAUAUAUCAAAUGACAUAUAAGGCAACAUUAUUCUCAUUGAGGAAAUAUAAUUUUAAUUUUAUAAAUAAUAAGUUAGUAUCUGAUAAAGACAUACAAAAUUCGAAUAUUAAACAACAUCCUAUUCGUAUUAAUGAUUUGCAGGAUAUUGUUGAGAAAUUAUUACAACUUUUCAUCGAUAUUGAUGACCCUAAUGUGGUAUGAUAAUAUAUGUAUAUGUAUAUAUAUAUAUAUGUCAACUAUUUAUACGAUUAUAUAGACAG